AUGAGGUCCUUUGGCAUUACAGUCACCACAGCCGAAGCUGAGGAACAGAGCUUCAUGUCAAGGUUCAACGUGCAGGGGCACAUCUAUCACAGAGCUGGAUCCCUGCUUUCUUGUGGCAAUAAUAGCCCCAAGUUCCUGCAGCUAUGCUUCGUCUGCGACAAACAGCUGCAACGAAUCAACGUUGCGGCAUUAUCGGUGGCACAAGGCCGGAUGUCGUGUAAAGCUGCAAAUGCAGCAUCAGCACAACGACCCGGUGAACACGUUCAACACUGCCCUGAAGCAAAUGCGUACAGAUGA